UUUUCUAGCCGAUCAGUCGUCAGUAGUCUAAAAUCACCAAAAAUGGCACAACAAUUUACGCCAUGGCAGAAAAUGAGGGCAUACGAGACUCAAGUGAGGAAGCUGGAAGACAAUUGGCGUAUCAGACUUCGCAAGAAAGGAGCGCAGGAUGAGGAAGACAACGUAAUAGUUGCUGAACCAUUUGAAUGCAGUUGUAAAAAUCCGUUGACAUAUUUCAACAAUGGAAAAUGUAAUUACUGCUGUAAGCAAUUGUAUGAUUACAACUAUCUUUUUUACCAUGGGUAUGACCAAUACCGUCACCGUGAAGAUCGAAAACAUGCAACAAGAUACAUGAAUAUUGACUUGGAGGAAGAAUUCCCAUGUCGCACGGUUCCUAUUCUCACAAGUUCAAACUAUGGACAUCGUCCACCAAUUGAUCCCUCACGACCUCUGCCCCGGAAUCAUGCUACUCAGACGUUUUAUAGGAGUCGUGGAACUAACUACUGCAUAGACGCAAAUGGAUACAAUAAUGUCAAGCUUAAUCCAACAACAGCCUUUCGGUAUAACGCUCAGUUUGGCUACACUUUCAGCCCACCUCGAAAUUAAGCAAUGAACAAUUACUUACGAUCGCCAU